AUAACGGAGGAGGCUCUCCAGUCCAUGUUGAGAGUGUAAACUCUGUUAUUUCAUGUUUAGGAGCAGAGGAGCGGACAGUAGGAGACAGUAGACCAGAAGCCAUUCAUGUGAUAUUGUCUUCUGCAGCAGACGAGCGCUGAGUCAUCUGGAGAAACACACCUGAGGGAGACGUGCAGAGAGAUUGGACAGUGUCGUUUCCCAGCACAGAAGGAAAAGGACGAAGUUACGUAACGCUGUGAGACGUAAACGCACGUGAUUCUUCAACGUGUAACAGCCGGCUGAGGGAAGUCCAUAUACGGUCAGACAGGUGUGUCUGCAGGUUCACAGCUGUGCUGGGACAGUUUGACCUGCAGAGACAGAGACUCACAGAGACAGAGACAGACAGUCGUUGUCACUGAGCGAGAGGUGAAAUGGAGCAGGAAGGAGUUCAGCUGGACCGGGAAGCCUUCUCUUGUUCCAUCUGUCUGGAUCUACUGAAGGAUCCGGUGACUACUCCCUGUGGACACAGCUACUGCAUGAACUGUAUUAAAAGCCACUGGGAUGUAGAGGAUCGUAAGUACAUCUACAGCUGUCCUCAGUGCAGGAAGACGUUCACACCGAGGCCUGUCCUGCUGAAAAACACCAUGUUAGCAGAUUUAGUGGAGGAGCUGAAGAAGACUGGACUCCAAGCUGCUCCUGCUGAUCACUGCUAUGCUGGAGCUGAAGAUGUGGCCUGUGAUGUCUGCACCGGGAGAAAACUCAAAGCUCACAAGUCCUGUCUCAUCUGUCUUGUCUCUUUCUGUGAGAAACACCUUCAGCCUUUUUUUGAAUCAGAGACAUUCAAGAAACACAAGCUGGUGGAGCCGUCCAAGAAGCUCCAGGAGAACGUCUGCUCUCGUCAUGAUGAGGUGAUGAAGAUUUUCUGCCGUACUGAUCAGCAGCUUAUCUGUUAUCUCUGCUCUGUGGAGGAACAUAAAGGCCACAACACAGUCUCAUCUGCAGCAGAGAGAGCUGAGAGGCAGAGAGAGCUCGAGGGGAGUCGACAAAACAUCCAGCAGAGAAUCCAGGACAGAGAGAAAGAUGUGAAG